AUGGUCUACAAAUCCUUUUGCUUUGACCCGGAAAAGCUCGACCACCUCAAGCGCAAAGCCCUCAACGACGGGUCCCUCGCCAAAUGCACAACAUUCGAGGCCCUUUCGGGCUUCGUCUGGCGGGCCCGUACCGAGGCCCUCGGCAUGAGGCCUGACCAGCUCACGAAGCUCCUCUUCGCCGUGGACGGGCGGCCGAGGUUCGAGCCCCCAAUCCCGAGCAAGUAUUUCGGGAACGGGAUCGUGCUCACGAGCGCGGUUUGCCGGGCCGAGAAGCUCGUGCGGGGCCCGCUCUCGCUCGGGGCCGGGCUCGUACAGGGAGCCGUAAGGACUGUGACGGACGAGUACAUGAGAUCGGCGAUCGACUACUUCGAGGCCACGAGGGCACGACCCUCGCUGGCUUCGACGCUACUGAUCACGACGUGGUCGAGGUUGUCCUUUCAUACCACGGACUUUGGGUGGGGAAGCCCGGUGCUGGCGGGGCCUGUGGGCCUGCCGGAGAAGGAGGUGAUAUUGUUCCUUUCGCAUGGGGAGGAGAGGAAGAGUGUGAACGUGCUGCUGGGAUUGCCGGCGUCGGCUAUGAAGAAGUUCGAGCAACUUGUGAUGAUUUGA